UGAUCGAAGUCCCCUUUAUCAUUUUAGUUUGUUCUUGCCGAUCCGAAGCCAAGCAUAAGGUCAAGGAGCGAGCGCGGCAUGGGAGGGGAGAGGAGCGGCGGCGGAGAGGCCGGCCCGAGCUUCCGGCCGGCGACGGAAGGGUUGCGGGAAAGGCGGUUCCCUCCAGCGGCGCAGCCGGAGAUCAUGCGCGCUGCCGAGAAGGACGACAACUACGCCGCGUACGUCCAUGAUGCCUGCCGGGACGCCUUCCGACAUCUCUUCGGCACGAGGGUUGCUGUUGCAUAUCAAAGCGAGAUAAAGCUAUUAGGGCAGACACUUUACUACGUAUUGACAACUGGUUCUGGACAGCAGACUUUGGGAGAAGAAUACUGUGAUAUUUGCCAGGUUGCAAGUUCUUAUGGUUUGCCUCCUACACCAGCUAGAAGGAUGCUUUUUGUAAUCUACCAGACUGCAAUUCCUUAUCUUGCAGAAAGAAUCAGCUCAAGGAUGACUGCUCGUGGUAUUAUUUUGGCAGAAUUGAACUCGAAUGAGUUUUUUGGGAACAACAAUCCAACCCAAGCUUAUGGUUUUGAUGUGCCCAGGAGUUCUUCUUUAACAAGUACACAUGCAUCCAUUUUAUCAAAGUUGAGACAAAAUAUCCAUGGCCUAUGGUUAUGGGUGCUUCAGAAAUGGCCGCUGGUGCUUCCUCUUGCCCAUGAGAUUUUACAGUUGGCUCUUCGAACCAACCUAAUGUUCUUUUAUUUUGAAGGUUUGUAUUAUCAUGUGUCAAAACGAGCAUCAGGUAUCCGCUAUGUAUUUAUUGGGAAGCCAUCAAACCAAAGGCCUGGGUAUCAAAUUUUGGGUGUAUUCCUUCUAAUCCAGUUAUGCAUUCUUGGAGCUGAAGGACUACGGAGAAGUAAUUUGUCUUCAAUAACAAGUUCAGUUCAUCAUCCAUCACCAAGAACCCAUGGAUCAUUUUCAGGUAGAGAUUUACCUGUUCUGAAUGAAGAUGGCAAUCCGAUCCCUGAUAUUGAUGCUAGUAAAGGAAGUUCUAUCACUGAUUCCUUUUCUCAUUCAGAGCCUCAAUCAUCAGGUGGCAUAAGUAAAUGCACCCUUUGCCUCGGUUCACGCCAACAUCCUACAGCGACACCCUGUGGUCAUGUCUUCUGCUGGAAUUGCAUAAUGGAAUGGUGCAAUGAAAAGCUUGAAUGCCCUCUCUGUCGCACUUCGAUUACUCACUCAAGCUUAGUUUGCUUGUAUCAUUCUGACUUUUAAUAGCAUCAAUUUAACAUACUACGAACAGUGGGAAAGAUAGAAUUGAAUCUUGCAUGCAAUAGAAUAGAAGCUGGCACUGGGCAACAAACAGAACAAGGGAGGUCAGUCACCAUUUCAGAGUUAUCCAGAUGUUUUGUAUUUUGGCUUAGAUUAGAUAAAUACAGGAUGGUUCCGUUGAUGAUUCUAUGUAGCUAUCAAAUUGACAAGAUUAGUACGGUGCCAAUUACAAUUUUCUACAUGCACCUUCCAAAUUCUUGAUUCAGUUGUAAUAAUAGGAGAAUAGUGUUGUUGUAAUAUAACAUUUGACAAACAGAAAGUGCGCUCAUUCUAUAGGUAUAUCAAUGAUUUCAUCAUUGGCCCUUGUAUUAAAUUGGUGUAUUCCUUUUCCAUUUUAUGAUAAGAUUCAAUGAGCAUUGGUUUGUUUGGUUCA